AUGUCUGGUGCAUUUCAGUUACAAUUUUCAAAUAAGAAAAUGAUGCUCUUAGAUAUACAAGGUUCAAUGUUUAAUCUUUACGAUCCUGAAAUUGCUACUGCAGAGUUGAAUGAUGAAGGAGAAUUCUAUUUUUGUGCUGGCAACUUGUCAUGUUUAAGUAUUAGUAAAUUCAAUAGUGAGCAUAAAUGUAAUCAGUUUUGUGCCAUGUUGAAUCUUGCUUCUGAAACGGAGCUGACAUUGUAA